GGAAAAUACAAGUUAGAAAAAACAAACCUCACCAACAAAAACAAAACAAACAUUGAUUGAUUGAAUGAUUAAUGAUGUUGAUAACUGCUUGAUUUACUGGAAACUGGAAAUGAUCAGGAUUAGAUAAUGGCAAACUGCUGAUGGGUGAACUUUCAAGUGGACCCCGAACGACAAAAUUAACUUGUCAGUGUUACCCUCCAUGAUGCCAUAUAUGUCAAAUUAUUUUAGUUAGUGAGGAUAAAGCAAAAGAUUAUUCUGUUUCCAUGACUUUACCUCAUGUUAUUCAUUCUGAAAGUUAUUAAAUAGCACACUUGUGCCAUCAGUAAACAAGAUGGCAAGGGCAGUUUUGUUGAAACGUCUGGUUAUUUCAGUGUGCAGACAGCUUUUGUUUCGACAUAUUCCAAGAUUAUUGUCGUCCUGGAAGCAUAUGAUUAUUUCAUGUUUAUUUGUGUUGUUAGUUACCAAUAUUAUAGUCUUUUACAAAGGAUGUAGAUCAACUUUUCUUUUUGGUGAGCCAACUGGUUUUGGUAAAGAAAAGCAUGGCCAUGUAAUGAACUUUCCAGAACACCACUUUGAGAAAGAAUAUUUUAACAAAGGGGCUCAUCCUGUGAUAGAAAACCUCAUGCCAAUGACUGUGCCAUUAACAGUUCAUUUUGUUUGGUGUAAUCAACGCCACUUUCAGUUUCAAAACUACCUUAGUGUUCUUGGUGCUUACAAGUUUCUGCAUCCGGUGGAAAUUUUGUUUCAUUACAGCUGGGAACCUGAAUUGGACAGUGUUGCGUAUUACCAGUUUUAUGCUGAUCUGCUCCGUGACAUUCCUGUUUUUUUUUCAAAGUCCUUAGAGGACACAGCCAUAUGCACCAGUGAAGUCGGUGUCAAAGUGACUCAUAUAGCAAGCUUACUGAACAAAUAUGGUGGAAUAUAUAUUGACAUUAAUACAAUUAUUUCUCAAAAUCUUAAUCCUCUUAGAGAAAAAAGGUUUUCUUACAUGGUAGAAAAAUCUUCCAGUAAAGAAACAAAACAUAUUUUGCUAAUGCUGAUGGGAAAAGACGUCAUAUCUUCUGAAGUAUCCAUUGAACAGCUCAUGUCAAACCCAAAUGUAUCUUGUACCUUGCCCAGUUCAUAUUCCAUGUCUCAUGAAGCAACAUUCUGUGUUCAUGUUGACCACGAAAUGUUCCCAGUUGACAUAUUUGAGCUCCAGACUGAUUUUGGACAGCUUGCUCGGUGGGUAGGUUAUGGUACCAAGUCUGUACUCCGUCCACAGCCUCACAAAAGUCCAGUGAUUCCAAACAUAGUGCACUAUGUCUGGUUGGGAAGUAACACUUUUAGCUUCUUCUCCUACUUAAGUUUGCUCAGCACUCUCCAUGUGUUAAAAGCAGAUGCAGUCUACAUUCAUGGUGACCAUUAUCCAACAGGAAAGUACUGGGACAAGAUGAAAGGUAACGAAAGAGUCGAGUUCAUCUUCAGAGAAGUGCCCUCCACCGUGUUUGGCCAUACUAUUGGUGCAAAGUUAUCCCAUGCCAGUGACUUCAUUAGAGUGGAUGUGCUGCUUCGAUAUGGUGGGAUCUACAUGGACUGGGAUGUCUUGUGGGUUAACUCUAUUCCAGAAAGCUUGAGGAAAUACGACUUUGUUGCAUGUGCCGACUGGCCGAGAACUGGAAGUUAUCCAGACGUGUUUAACAUGGGGUUGAUAGCCGCAAGUAACGAGUCCGUGUUCCUUCAGUAUUUCAUGGAAUCAUUUCGCCAUUAUAUUGACAGCCACUGGUCGUAUAAUGCUAUACACAUGCCGUACAAGGUGUAUGAAAAACAUCCCGAUCAGCUGUUCCACUACCGCCACUUUCAGGUGAUCUGCGCUGAAUUUAAAUGUCACCCUGUUUGGAUGGAUGGAUACAAAGACGAUGAUGUUAAUCAUCUGACGACUGCUCGGUUUGACUGGCGCAGGGACAUCCUUGCACUGCACUGGACGUAUCCCGAUCCUCCAGAGUUUGACAAUGAAGAAAUAUUAAGAUCCAGCCAUGGUAUGUUUUCAGAUAUUGGAAAAUACAUACUGGAAAAAGCUGGCAUAAAUUAAAUUAUUAGCACACGUUUUGUUAUUUUAAACAAUGUUUAUUCAAGUUUGUAUUAAGGUUGGGGAUUGACCACCAGACGAUGCCGGUAUUAAGGUCGCUCCCUAGCACACGCUGGUUUGCAAUUAAAGUAAUUAAGAAGAUUUUUUUUUAGCAUUUUGUAAUUAUUUGUUAUUUAUUCCCUCCAUACAUUUUAUAUACAUGAAGAAUUUAAUAUAGUAUAAUUUUUUUCUAGAAUUUAUGUACAUGUACAUUUUA